AUGAAAUGGUUCAAUGCUCGGAGACAUCCCCUAUCUCGCUUUCCUGGGCCCUUUCAUGCUCGAUUCAGCAACUUUUCCUACUGCAAGAGAUUCUUAGGCGGCCGGCAACCAUACGACAUGCUUAAGCUACAUGAGAGAUAUGGUCCAGUCGUUAGAGUCGGCCCCAACGAGCUAGCCUUCAACACGGCCAAUUCGUGGAAAGACAUCUAUGAAAAGCGCAAGGGCCACAAGCCUUUCAUCAAAAGCGACUUCUACGAUGGUGGUAAUUUCGCAGAUGAAGCCCACUCGAUUGUCAGUGAGCGAGAUCCAGAUAAGCACGCUUACAUGCGCAAAUACCUUCGUGGGGCGUUCUCAGAUCGGUCACUGAGGGAACAAGAAUAUAUUAUACGCGAACACAUUGACCAAUUCAUAGAGCGGAUCAGCGAAGCCGGUUGCAGUCCAGGUGGCAUUGAUAUUGUCAUGUGGUUUAAUCUAGCCACGUUUGACAUUAUUGGUAGUCUUGCCUUUGGUCAAUCAUUCGGCGGGGUUGCUUCUGGUAAUGAGCACUUUUGGGUUUCGAUCGUAGUCAAAAGCCUCCGCAUGGGCGCUUUGGCGGAUACCUUCAAGCGGUUUCCGCUCCUCGCGGCCAUCUUCCAGCGAAUGUUCCCACAGGUGCUAAGCAGGUUGAUUGAAGACUCCAAAAGGCACCAGGCUUAUACAAUGGACUUGGUUCAGAAACGGAUCAAGCAGAAAAGUGACCGCAGAGACUUCUUGACGAAUAUCUUGGAGGCCCGUGAGACGGAUAGAGUAUCUGAUGUGCAAAUAGCAGCGCAUGCCUCUGACUUUGUCAUCGCAGGAAGCGAGACGACUGCAACAGCGUUGUCAUGCAUCACGUAUUACCUACAGAGAAACCCCGAUGUUCUCCAAAAUCUCCGUCGGGAAAUCCGAGACACAUUCAAAUCUUACGAUGAAAUAGACGGUGUCUCCACCACAUCUUUGCCCUAUUUGAACGCCGUAAUCCUGGAGGGGAUGAGACUGUACCCACCGCUCCCGUUUCCAUUGCCGCGCGUGGUGCCCGAGGGCGGCGACAUGGUUGAUGGUCAUUUCAUUCCUGGAGGGACCAUUGUCUCCACCAAUCCGUUCGCCGCCAGCAUGUCAUCGGAAAACUUCCGUGACCCAUACAAAUUUGACCCCGAGAGGUGGCUUACUUCGGAUCCGCAGGAUAUUCUAGACGCCAGCCAGCCAUUCUCUCUAGGCCCCCGGGGCUGUCUUGGAAAAAGCCUCGGUUGGUUGGAAAUGCGCCUGUUUCUGGCCAAAAUUCAUUACAAGUACGACCUGGAGCUAGUCGACCCGGCGUUGGAUUGGCAUGCGCAGUCGGAGAUGCAUACUCUUUGGCAGAAGCCGGCCUUGAAAAUGAUUGUUCGACCACGAAAGCACUGA